CCACCUCCUAUCGUUUAGAUCGGCAGGUAGCCUGCGGUAUCAUCAUCAGAUCUAAGCGGCCCGAGAGCGCCGUAACUCCCGCCCCGACAGCACGAGCGCCCGGCGGCGGCGGACAGGGACGAUUUGGCACGCCGACAACAGGUCCAGGUCGACCGGAAGCGACUCUUAAGGUGCGCCCGCUUGUACUCCACCCGUCACGGACUUUUUCUCUCCCUCUCUGUGUGUCGGCCAAGAAAGUUAUUUGAGAAUAUGGAGAGCUCGAGCUUUCCUAGCAAGUUUGGCAUCGAUUCAAUCAUGACGCAGCACCCAAGUUCGUCCUCAGACUCAGAGAACAGUAACGACAGUAGCGCGAACAGUCCCGAACACCAGCCGGACACCAACACGACCACGACUGGCAGUCCUGUCGCAAACGGCACGCCGGAGUCGGGAGGGAACGUUAACGGGGACCAGGACGAGAACGCCUCGGCGCCGGCGCCACCUGUCCCCGCCCAGCCUCCAGCCCCGACCCGCACCACCUCCACCACGUCGUUCUUCAUCAAGGACAUCCUCAGCGACAGCCACAACAAUGUCCGGCGGGAGAAGAGGCCGUCUCCUACCGACGACGACAGAAUGGACGGCCCGCUGCAGGACAAGUUCGACACCGACGACACCAGCACGUCCCUACACGACGCCAAAAGCGACAUUGACGACAAAUCCGAAGACAUGAAAGACUCAAAAGGAAAGGACGACUCUGAGAUUUCUUCAAGUCGGGACAGCCCUCACCACCUGAAGCCGAAGAAGCCUCGCAAGGCGCGCACAGCCUUCACGGACCAUCAGCUGGCCCAGCUUGAGCGCAGCUUCGAGAGACAGAAGUACCUGUCUGUACAGGACAGGAUGGAGCUGGCCGCCUCUCUCAACCUCACCGACACACAGGUCAAGACGUGGUACCAGAACAGAAGGACGAAGUGGAAGCGGCAGAACGCGCUGGGUCUGGAGCUGUUGGCGGCGGAAGGGAACUUCACGGCCGUACAGAGGAUGUUCCCUCCCCCGUUCUACUACCACCCGAGCCAGGGCAUCGUCUCCAACAUGGACGCCAUGUACCUGCACCGGUCCCCGUCCGUCGCCUCGCUACAGAGACCGGUCCUGCCUCGGUUCUUCCUGCACGGACUACAACAGCACGUCUCGCACCUCCCACCGAACUGCCACGUCUGAACCUACGGGGGAAAGGCGCGUCCCCCACCGAAGACUUUCCCACAUCCAUCCGAUAAAUGUUAAAACUACGUGACCGAACACUGCAAGCGGCAACUUUGCCGUACGACCGCGGGUGAAGAUACGGGGAGAGACGUCCUCGCCCCCGAGAACUUCUGAGACUCUGUCCGAGGUACUGAAUAAAAAAUCCACGAAGAUUGUAUCAAGUUUUAUACAAGAAACAAACGGUAUGUUUCAACACCUCUUGAACCACUGAAGGAAGAAAAAAGAGAAAGCAAGAAUUGUACAGGGACGUUGCAAAUGUAAAUAAUCAUGCAAAAGAGGGCUUCUUUGUUGACAAAUAUAUAUUUACCUUACCGCACACGAAUGUUUACAUGAAACGUUGGCAACACUUCUAAAACAUUGCUAUCUAUGCCGCACUUUCAAACAAAAUACUCAUCUAUUCAACUGAUUAUGCAACAUGGAAGAAACUGUCCAUUGCGUAUUUUCAUACCUAUGUAGUAAAUGUACAACAUUGGUUGCUUUUUUCAGGAAUUUUGUCGACCAUUUUUCAAAUAAUUUUUUUCAGUAUUGUUUUUCUUUGACAUAAUUUUCACUGGUUACCAAAAUGUAUGAACAAAUCGGAGAAAUUUUAUUAUAUCCCUGUCAUUUUCAUGAUAUCAUAUUGAUAAAGAUUAUGCGGAGUAUAUUAUUUCUAAGAUACGCUACUAUUUCAUAACAUAAAAAGAUCUGCUCUGUAUAUCAAGAAUGUGUCAAGAAAUUGCCAGCGUAUAUAGAUAUGAUGAUGAUAUGUAUAUAAUCGUCAUGAUUCUGUUGCACAAAUACUUUGUUAUUACAAGCGACACUUCGAGGUCAUAUUAAUUUAUUUUUUAUUACGUUUUCCCAGAAGACGUGUAAAUAUAAGGUAUGAAAUUGGACUUUUGUUGUCUUUGUUUCUAAGUAUAU